AUGACGCUGGUGGAGGCGGACGCCGAGCUGCAUGACCUGCGGGAGGCGCUGGGCGCGUCAGAGGACCGCGCGCGCCGCCUGGAGUCCAAGCUCUCGUCGGCGUCCGCCGCCGGCGACGCGGCGGCCGCGAAGCUCCGGGCGGGGUGGGAGGCGGCGGAGGGGGCGCACCGGGACGCGCAGGCCGCGCUGAGGCAGGAGGUCGACGAGCUGUCCAGCCGUGCGCUGGCCCUGGGCCAGGACAAGGAGCAGCUGCAGGGCGGCCUCGCGGCCGCAGGGGCUGACCUGGCGCUCGCGCGGCAGCGCAUGGCAGCGCUGGAAAAGGAGAAGGAGCAGGGGGCGCGCGCGCUGUCAGAGGCGCGCUCUGAGGCGUCCGAAGCGUCGCGCCGCCUGCUGUCCGCGACAGAGGCGCUGGCGGCCGCGCGCGCGCUGGCGGGCGAGCGCGAGCGCGAGCUGGCGGCCGCGCGGCGCGGCGCGGAUGCGCAGGCGGCGCGCUUCGAGGACGCGGCGCGGGAGGCGGCGGGGCAGGUGUCCCAGCUGCAGCGUGAGCUGGUGCAGGCCCAGGAGGCCCUCAUCUCGCGCGACUUUGAGGCCAAGCGCGUCGGCAAGGAGGCGGCCGCCAACGCGGACCGGCUGGACAGGAAGCGCGCUGAGCUGGCGGCGGCCCGCGAGGACCUGGCGGGUGUGCGGCAGCUGCUGGCAAAGCAGGAGGCCCUGACACGGGACAG